AUGAUGAGCGCAGCUAGUCCUCCAAAGCCAGCACUGAUUCCCAAAGCCAGGGUGUACUUGGGAGCGUCGUUUGGUCUGAAGAUGUUGGUGGCAACCACACCUCCGGCGUUUCCUAUUGGGAUUCCAAUUGACGCUAUGGCGAUACGACGCGACUCGUUUGGCGUGUUGUUGGCAUACCACGUGGACGUCAGCACUGACGACGCAGCAACACCGGUAGUCAUCAGGAAGCAAGCAAAAUAUGCCGGACCAAGGUUCGUUUGGGUGUCGAUACAUCCAAGAACAACGAACCCAAUCAGAGUGGAAGUCACAGCAGUUAGGGCAAACGCGCAUCUGAUUUUCAAGUAA